UUGGACUGUGUGUCCAAGCACGAGUGACACAACCAUGUCCAUAGAUCUGUUCUGUUUUUCUUUUGUCAAGCUACGUUAACUCUCAAAGUGGGUUGCAAAAUGACUUAGACACAGUGAAGUUGAGACCUCACUAAACUAUCAAAAUUAAGAAUCAUUAUUGUGCUGAAUUUGUCCAGUAAUUAUAUUAUUAAUUAUUAUUAUAUAUUUGUCAGUAUUAUUCAUUAUUAUUUAGUGUUCUAAUUAUAUUAUCAAAUGUUAUUGCAUAAAUGUAAUGAUAAGAGGUUUGUUCUUUUUUAAGGAACUUUCUGAAUUACUAUACACUGAUAAGUUUAAAUGAAAUAAAAAAAUCUGUUCUCAAAAGAUUUCUGAAUUAGUGCAACAUGUUAGAGUGAAACAAGUAUAUUUUCUUUUGUUUAGUGUGCACUAGUUCAGAAGUUCUUCAAAAGCAAAUAAACCCAAGAUAUGAUUGUUUCACUUUAACUUCAUCAGUGUACACCAGUAUAGAAAGUUCUUCUAAAAAGAACAGACUUAAUGACUCUCAAUUAUAAUAGUUUGGUGUGCUCUCAAUUACAGAUAGACAUUGAAUUAUUCACACAUGGAGUUGUAUUCUUAAACUUGCAAUAUAUUUCUCUUGAAAAAACCCCAAAAUGAUAUAGCUUGAUGUAUAUAGAUUUCAAUGUUGGUCGUAGCAUUUUGAGAUAUUAAAACUGUACAUAAGACAGAAGUAGUAUUUAGUACUUGGCAAAGAAAAAGAGGAGCCAAAAAAAAUUGCAAGAUAAUGAAAGUACAGCCAUCGAGAACAGACCUUAUGUUUCAAGAAUGGUGUCUUUGUAAACGAAUAAAUUAGAACAAUGUUCGUUUGUUGCAUGCAGAAUCAUGCUUUACAUGAUCGUGCGUUUCCAACGUAUCGUAUAUAUUAUUAGUUGUGGACAUAAAUUAAAGAUACUCACUACAAGUGACAAUAAUCGAAAUGAAACGUAAAAAACAGAGAAAUAUCUUUACUCACAACACUUUAUACAUAGAAGAUCCCUGUUGAUAUACCUUUAUAUAUAUGUCGCAGCCGGAUUAAAGCUAGGUCCCAAAGGGCCUAGCAUGGGCCACUAUGAAUCCACCCGCGGUCAGCAAAUUGAGCACUCGCGGCUCUGGAUAUCACCAGAAGGCGUUAGCUGAGAUCCGCAACUCUUUGCUGCCGUUCGCGAAUAUCGGCGGAGCUGGUGAAGUGGGCUCUAGUGCUGCCAGCACUAUUUCCACGUUAUCCACGACUAGUGGCAUCAGUUCCGCCUCGGGUCUCAGCGGAUUAUCCGGGGCUUCAGGCUCAACUCUCGAUAAACCAGACCAACGGCAGGCACUGUGUCAGCUUUUGGCUAUGGGUUAUUCGGAGGAAAUAGGAGUACGCGCCCUCAAGCUUGGCGGCUGGCGACUGGACGCAGCAAUGGAGUUCUUGAAGCAGGCUCAAGGGGAAUCUCUAAAUGGGCUUGGCAAACUGAACACCAAGCUCAUUCGGAAGCCGAGUCUCGAGAGAGAACUGAGUCUCCAACGCGGUAGCCCCGCGUUGGACAGCGGGGCGGGUAGCUCACGGUCGGACAGCCCACGUCUCGCGGAACUCAGUCCGCAUCCUCAGCUGAGCCGGCAAUACUCGCCGAGCAAUUUCGUGGAGCGCGAACCGCCACCGCCACCGCCGCCGAGAUGCAGCUCCACGCCGCCGCCACCUCCGCCGCCCCAUGCUCCGUACAGCCAGCCCAACGUACCUACCAAUAUGCAGCAGAUGCUGAAGCGGAUGUCGCCGGCGCCGGUUGUGCCGACGAGAUCGCCGGCUGCCGCGCCCGGCAGCGUCGGCGGCGCAACCACGUCGGUGAAUCCGCCGCAGAGGGGCACGAGCCCGGUGGCGAGUAGCAACAGUAACUCCAGCAGUCGCCAGCCGAUGAUCGUGCAGAACGGUCCGCAGGUGCAGCAGCAAUUGACGCAACAGAUACAGGCACUCAGCAUUUACCAGACGGGCAACGGGAACGCGAGCGCACAGGUGGAACCUCCGCCGCCGUAUCCUGUGCCGUCUUCGUCGGCUGGUCCGGUCCAGCCGCCCUCUUACAGCGCCUCCAUACAGAACCGACAGAGCCCAACGCAAUCACAGCAGGAUUACCGCAAGAGCCCUUCGUCAGGCAUCUACUCCGGUCCAACGUCCGCUGGAUCCCCGAGUCCUAUCACCGUGUCCACUAUCUCGCCGAAUGCCACGCAAACGUCGAUGGCGAGGCCGACGCCGUUGCAGGCGUGGGGUGCGCGACAAGCGAAGACGCAGCCGCCGAUUAUCAUGCAGUCCGUGAAGAGUACACAGGUGCAGAAACCGGUGCUGCAAACCGCCAUCGCACCUACGUCGCCUCAGCCGAUCUCGACGACCAGCAACACGCCACCACCUCCGCCCUCUUACGCGACGUCCAUUCAGCAGAAGCAACAGCAGCAGCAACCGCCGCCCGCUUACCCGCCGGUGAACAAUGUCGCCACGGCAUCCGCUAGUAUCGGUGUGCCGACGACCGAACCGCCCAGUUACGCCACGACGAUGCAGGCGUUGGCGGCGCAGCGCGGCAUGCACCAUCCACCGCCACCCUAUGGUACACCCACGGAAAGCAGCGCGGCGAUCUCUACGGUGGAGAGCGGCAGCGCGCCGCGAUCUUCCCCAGUCGCGCAUCAUCCGCCUCUCCAGAGGAAAUAUUCGCCGGCCGACAAUUGCGGCCAGCAUGUGGUGGAAACACCACCGUUGCCACCAGUGGCCUCGACCUCUGUGUCCGCGAGAAGCAACAAUCAUUCUUCCUUACCCGAUAGCGGCAACAGUAGCGGUAAGAGCGGUAGUGGUGGCGGCGGCAGUGGUGGCUCGUCGCCUUCUUCCUAUAAGAUCAAACAUCAGUCACCGAUACCUGAACGCAAGCAUAUGAGCAAGGAAAAGGAGGAGGAGCGCAGGGAUUGCAAGGUGAGGAACUACUCGCCGCAGGCGUUCAAGUUCUUCAUGGAGCAGCAUGUAGAGAAUGUGCUCAAGUCGCACAAGCAGCGUCUUUACCGGCGUCUGCAGCUGGAGACGGAGAUGGCGAAAAUUGGCUUGAGCGAGGAGGCGCAGUGUCAGAUGAGGAAGAUGCUGUCGCAAAAGGAGUCCAAUUACAUACGGUUGAAACGGGCGAAGAUGGACAAGUCGAUGUUCACUAAGAUCAAGCCGAUUGGCGUCGGUGCAUUCGGCGAGGUCACGCUCGUCAGAAAGAUCGACACUAAUCAGUUCUAUGCGAUGAAAACGCUGCGCAAGGCCGACGUGCUGAAUCGCAAUCAGGUCGCUCACGUGAAAGCCGAGCGGGACAUAUUGGCCGAGGCCGACAACGAGUGGGUCGUCAAGCUCUACUACUCGUUCCAGGAUAAGGAUAAUCUGUAUUUCGUGAUGGAUUACAUACCUGGCGGCGAUCUCAUGUCGUUGCUUAUCAAGUUCGGCAUCUUCAAGGAGCCUUUGGCGAGAUUUUACAUCGCCGAGCUCACGUGCGCGGUCGAGAGUGUACACAAAAUGGGAUUUAUUCACAGAGACAUUAAGCCCGAUAACAUCCUAAUCGAUCGGGACGGCCAUAUCAAGUUGACCGAUUUCGGCCUCUGCACAGGAUUCCGUUGGACUCACAAUUCGAAAUAUUACCAGCAAAAUGGCCAUGGUAAGCAAGAUUCAAUGGAUCCAGCUGACGACUGGAACAAAGAGUGUCGAUGCACACAACUAAAGCCAUUGGAGCGUAGACGACAUAGGGAACACCAGAGGUGUCUGGCACACUCUUUGGUGGGCACACCGAACUAUAUCGCGCCGGAGGUUCUACAACGUACAGGAUACACGCAGUUGUGCGACUGGUGGAGUGUGGGGGUGAUUUUGUACGAGAUGUUAGUCGGUUCUCCACCGUUUCUUGCCAAUACGCCCGCUGAAACUCAAUAUAAGGUUAUUAAUUGGGAAACGACGCUUCAUAUUCCGAAGCAGGCAAACCUAUCGCCGGAAGGUAUGGAUCUAAUAUUGAAGCUUUGCGUUGGCGCGGACCGUCGGUUAGGUAAGAACGCGGAUGAGGUCAAGAGCCAUCCGUUUUUCGCGAGUAUCGACUUCGAGAAGGGUCUGCGCCGUCAGGUAGCCCCGCACAUACCUCGCAUACAGUAUCCUACUGACACGAGUAACUUCGAUCCCGUGGAUCCCGACAAACUGCGUAAUUCCGAAUCGUCGGACUCGAAUAAGUCGGACGAACUGUUGGAUAACGGCAAACCGUUUCACGGCUUCUUCGAAUUCACGUUUAGACGUUUCUUUGACGAUGGCGGCGGUCCCUCGUAUCCUGGUCGGAUAAGCUUGGACGAUAAUGACAAUCAAGGUCCCGUCUACGUAUGACAUUAGGCGUAACCACGGUGCCUCGCUCGUCAGAGCCUUGUUCAUAUCAAAAGCUACCGCGUCUUGACUUUUCCACACUCUGGGAAUCGCGUGUAAAUACCUAAAAAAACAAAAGAAAGAAAAAAGAAAAAUAAUCUCUAACAAGUGUAUCGCGUGAUGAUUCUCGUAUUACCGAGACUCGCGCUCUCCUCGACGAAUGUAUGUAUUUACGCAUUUUUUUAAGUGCGUAGAAAUUUUGUGAGACAAGUCCCUAAUUCGUUGCAAUGAAAAUAUUUUUUAUUGGAGGAUGUUUUACCGUGUAACACCGUAUUAUAUUCGUUACGUAUUCGUUUUUUUAUGUCGAGACCUUUAUAUUGAAAGGAACGCGAGAAAACUUGCGCACGCGUGUGUAAAAGGGCAUAUUUAAGAAGGAGAUGGGCAUUUACAACGAUAUACAAUGUGAACGCGUAGUCUCUAUCGCAUUAACUUUUGGACGCGCGUUGCACGACGCAUUUUUUUUUUU